AUGGAUGGUGACAUCAUCAAGAAACGAGAUCAGAAAGAGGAAUUAGUGAGACUCCUCUCACAACAUCCUCCCACGAGAAAAAGGAAGUCUGAGAAUAAUGGAGCAAGAAAAGGCACAGGACUACCCUCUUGUAUGGUGGUACCAGAAUUGAGAGGAAGAUCGCCUGGGAGGCCCCUCUAUGAUAAGAGAACAGGUCGAUGGUCUAAAAGACAUGCUGGUGAGGUUGAUCAUGAGAAGAGGAAGAAGAAUUUCAAGACACAUGUUGGACUUAUUUUCUGUAUCAGCCUCUUUAUUAUUGGUGCCAUUUCAGCAGUCUUCAUUAGUCAGCAAUCCAAAUCAUAUAACCCACAAUUCCAGCCUCUCUACACCCAGUUGACAUCUGUGUAUGGCCAGGAGAGUGCUGUGAAGAAAAUCUUGCUUUCACUUCAUCAUCAUUUCAAUGAUCAUAACGCUCGGUGUCUUAUCCACAUAUUCUAUGGUGGAACAGGUGUGGGUAAGAGUAUGGCAGCAAGCAUCAUUAAUACUGUCAUGAUGCAACUGGGCUAUCGUGUGCACAGUUCAUUUGCCAGCAUGCCACGAUAUGAAUAUUUCCUGCAGGGGCUGGAUGUACUAAUAAUAGAUGAUAUGGAGGCAGCAGAAGGUCAGUUUCUUUCUAAAUUGCAAAUGUACUUAGCUGGAUGCAAGAAUCUCACUUCAGGCCAUUCAUUGUAUGUCAUCUUGGUGUUCAACGGUAUUGAUGUAAACAAAUUCAAAUAUGAGUUUUUAGAACCACUUCAUCAUGCCUCUAUUCACUAUGAAGAAAUCUACUUUCAGCUCCUUUCCAUACCUAUUGUAAGGAAAUGCAUAUUGAACGACCUAGAAAGCAGAGGCAUACACACUGAGCCAGAGGUUGUGGAUAGGAUUAUUGCAUCUGACAAGUAUGUGGAUGAGAGAGGAUUUGUGAAGAAAGGUUGCAAGUUGGCCAAUUCCAUCUGGAUCCAAUUUUGA